GGGUUUCUCUCCCUCCUCCUUGCCUGCCAACACCAACGAACAAGCACACCACACAAACCCACGCACACUCCCCACGAAAUUCAUUCACGAACCAACAGAAAUUCCGAGAAAGCGAAAAAAAAAUCCUCUACAAAAAAUCAGCGCUCCAAAUCCCUUCCACGGAGCUUCCCGAAUCCCACGAAUCCCCGCAAAUUUUCCCAAUCUCUCCGGCGCCGCCGCCGCCGCCGCCCUGGGCAGAUUUCCCGACCGGGCCCGUCGAGAAUUCCAGGCGCCGUACGCACAGCGGUCGCUGACCCCGCCGGUCGCCCGCCGCGGCCCUCGAUUCCGAGCGGCCUGCGUCCUGUUCAAUCAAUCUUGUCUCGGCGGCGUGAUACGGAUAGCUGUACUGAAGGAGGGGGGCGAUUUUUUUCUUCCCGGGUCCCCUAUUUUUUUUUUGGGGCGCGUGUGGGUCUGGGACUGGGAGAGAUUGUGCUCUGAGGGAGUUAGGGUUUGGCUGGGUGCCUAGGGUUUGGUGGUCUCGGCUUCCCCCGAGUGGGGCGUGGGUGCGGAUGCGCCGCUGAAUCGUGCGUCCUCGAGUGAUUGGCAAGGAGUGGAUGGUAGUGGUGUUCCAUUGUUUUGCCGGACUGGUUCCUGCUGCUGGGGGGUGUCGAUGGUGAACGGAGCCAACUGGCAUGGACCUAGGUGAGCCCUCGUUGAAGCCAGAAUGGCUGGUGCGGGGGAUUGCCACACCCACUGUCGCCACCACAGGUCUCCGGCCAGGAACUUCGCCCCGUGCAGAUGACCAAGACAGGGGUGCUUCAUCAAGAAACCGAUCAUCAGGCCGCGAUCGUGAACGGAGCUCCCAACAAGCCUCUUCACGCAGGGGUUCUGGCCCAAGUGUGUCCAGACGGCUUGAUAGGGAUGGUACAGUGAAGUCAAGAGGCUAUGCCAGUUUUGGAAGGAGCAACAGAGAAAGGGGGUGUGAAAAAGACUCUGAUUUCCGUGAUCGGGAGAGUAGGUUGGGUCUUCCAGAUGACUCCUUGCAUGAUGGCUUCGGGUCCUUCAGCUCAUGCAGACCUGAAAGCAAUAGGCUUAAUCGUGUUCGUCCAAAGCUGGACACGUUGACCCGGGCAGCUGGGGUAAGUUUGGACAAUGGUAAUCUAUCUAGAAAAGAUGCUGGUGGUAUAUCCUUUGAGCGAGAAUUUCCAAACCUUAGUUCUGAGGAGAACAAUGGAAAGCAUGACAUGGGUAGAGUUCCAUCUCCUGGAAUUAGCACCCCAAUUCAGAGCAUACUAUUGGCUACUGCGCAUGAUGGCUGGAACUCGGUGCUAGCAGAAGUUCCUGGACUUAGUGAGGCAAGCAAUAACUAUGUUUCGUCUGCUUUAUCACAUGCUGGUUCCAGUAGGCAGCUUGAAGUAUUAAACUGUGGGACUACAUUAAGCAUGGCUGAAACAGUAAUGCAAACACCAUUACAAAUUUCUACCACACCCGAGCUGUUGAUUGAUGCUCAAAAAAUUGAAGAACGAACUAUGAGGCAGUGUGUUCUAAGACCUCUGACGCCUUCAUCAAACAAAAUAUCUGUAUCUAGUUUGUCAGACAAGUUUAAAAUUAAAGGUGCAAGAGCUGGGGAUUCUAAUUGUGCUAUCAAGACUGCAUCACAACUGUCAGCACAGCCUUCUAGCAACUCUGUUCGCACUCCAGUCAAAUCUGAGCUUGUCAGGCCAUCUCAAUCAGGAUGCUUUCAAGUCCUGACCCGUGAGCAGAAUGGUGCUGGAAAUACUGCCAAAAAUUGCGCUAGCAAUCCUGUAAGCCCUAUUCUAGGCCGAUCUUCUUCAGUAGAGCCACUGAAAAAAUCCAUUGUCAGCCAGAAGCUUAAAGGUGUCACAAAUGGCCUCCCUAUGCAUCUACAACCAGGUCCGUUUGGUGAGAGAAAAUCAAUUGCAAAAGACAAGCAUAAGUUCUUUGAGUUGCUGCGGAGCAAGUCUUUAAAUGGUUCUAGCACUGGUAUAGAGUCCUCAUCCAGCUUGAUCGAUGAGCAGAAGAACCCUUCUCUUGAUUUGUCUUUGUUUAACGGUGGAAUCAAAUGUACCGAACCUGGAAGUAAGUCCUGUGAGGAUUCAAAUUCUUGUGAUGGAUCUCAGCAGCACCUCUCUGACAACGACGAAAUCAAGCCAUCUUUGGAACCUCGUGAUGUUUUUUAUGAGGGUUUGCAUGGAGUUGAUGCUGACAAUGCAGAACCAAACUCUUCAUCAGAUUUGGGUGAUGUUAAAGAUGUAUCUGUGGUGCCUCAGGCAGACAAGACUGAAGCCACUGUGUCCAUUAUGCCCACAGAUAUGAAUUGUGGUUCCACAAAGUCAGACUCCAGCUAUGACAAUGCCCGUUUAUUGUUUGAGCCCAUUGUAGCCAUGGAAGUGGAACAAUAUCCUAGUGAAGAUGAACCUAGUCCAGAAGAAAUGGCGUUCCUGAAAUCUCUUGGCUGGAAAGAAGACGAGAUAGUUCCACCUCUGAAACAGGAAGAGAUUGCUGAUUGU